AUGACAUCCUACAAAGCCAUUAUUUUCGAUAUGGGUGAUGUUCUUUUCCAAUGGAAACCCCAAAUGAAAACCAAAAUCUCUGUGGAUAUUCUGAAAGCCAUCGUCCAGUCAGACCUGUGGUAUGACUACGAACGAGGCCAAAUGAGCGCAGCCGAAUGCUAUCAGCAGCUGAGCGAAACGUACGGCGUCUCACAAGAGGAGAUUGCAUCGACAUUCCAUCAGAGUACGAGCUGUUUGACGCCCAAUCCAAUAAUGGCUGAGUUGCUGCAUGAGCUGAAAAGUCGUGGAUUCGCAAUCUACAUGAUGACGAAUAUUCCGCAGCUCGACUUUGACCAGCUGCGGUCCAUGGAAUAUGACUGGCAUUUGUUUGACAGAAUAUUUGCCUCGGGCUACUUGGGAAUGCGCAAGCCGGAUCGGUGCUUUUACGAACACGUUGUGAAAGAGAUUGGUGUGACGGGGGCCGAGGCAAUCUUUGUUGACGACAAGAAGGAAAAUGUGGUGGCGGCGCAAGAUGUGGGUAUGACUGGCUUCCUGUUCAAGGGUGCGGAGGCUAGUCAAUUUUGUGGAGAGCUGAAGGUUUUGCUAGCUGGAGUUCCUGCAGAGAUUUCUGAAUAG